AUGUGCGAAGUCUUCAUCUAUAAGCACGUCAAGUGCAAAUGCGUCUGGGGCGAGAUCGCCGUACAAUGCGGCCCCGGCAUGGGCUACACGACUUGCGGACAAUUCGGCAGCGGCAUCGCGAAGAAGCCUCUGCGGCUCCAGAUGGCGGACAAGCGGCCGUGUCCGACGCACGACCUGUACGGACUCUACGACCGGAACCAGGCGCGAGUGAUCAAGAAGAUCUCGCACGGCAUCAAGAUCGGGGCGGGGCCGAGGCCAAGACGCGAUGACGAUUCUAGCUGA